UGUUGGUCUCAAGACUCAGCAGCAAGACCCAAUUUCCUAGCCCUAUAAAUCUAAAUGUUAACUAGGGUUUGAAAGCGUAUUUGCGUCUCUUCCAUUAGCUCCUCAAAGCGCAUCCCAGACUCAAGAGUAGGAGACAGAUAGUGCCUAGAAAAUGGCAAGAGGAUUGAAGAAACACUUGAAGAGGCUCAAUGCCCCAAAGCAUUGGAUGCUUGACAAACUCGGUGGUGCAUUCGCUCCCAAGCCAUCAUCAGGACCUCACAAGUCAAGGGAAUGCUUGCCUUUGAUCCUUAUUUUACGAAACAGGCUGAAGUAUGCUCUCACAUAUCGUGAAGUUAUUGCCAUUUUGAUGCAACGGCAUGUUCUGGUUGAUGCGAAGGUUAGGACAGAUAAAACGUAUCCUGCAGGUUUCAUGGAUGUUGUGUCAAUUCCAAAGACAAAUGAGAACUUCCGCCUCCUCUAUGACACGAAGGGCCGUUUUCGUCUCCACUCCAUUAGAGAUGAUGAGGCAAAGUUCAAGCUUUGCAAAGUUCGUUCUGUUCAGUUUGGGCAGAAAGGGAUCCCCUACCUGAACACCUAUGAUGGUCGCACUAUCCGCUACCCAGAUCCGCUUAUCAAGGCUAAUGAUACUAUCAAACUAGAUCUAGAGAGCAACAAGAUCACUGAGUUCAUCAAGUUUGAUGUGGGAAAUGUUGUCAUGGUUACUGGAGGUAGAAACAGGGGUCGAGUUGGAGUAAUCAAGAACAGAGAGAAGCACAAGGGAAGCUUUGAGACCAUCCACAUUCAGGAUUCAACUGGUCACGAGUUUGCUACUCGCAUGGGCAAUGUCUUCACGAUAGGAAAGGGGACCAAACCAUGGGUGUCUCUUCCCAAGGGCAAGGGUAUCAAGUUGUCAAUCAUUGAAGAGGCCCGAAAGAGGCUUGCAGCAUCCCAAACUGCUGCUUAAGAAAAGAAGCUGAAAAUUUAUCCUCACUGGUGAACUUACUGGUUUUGGGCUAGUGUUAAUUUUGUUUUUUUUUUUAGUUACAGCUUUUGAGCUUAUGCCAGAUCGAGUGUUUUAUUUUUAUCACCUAGCACAACUUGAACUGAAUUUGUUUUUGAAUAUCGUAUUUAAGCUGUGGGGGAAAACAUAGUUUGAAGAUUUACAUCCUAGGUAUAGUCCGAAGAUUUACAUCCUAGGAUACUAGGAUCCCAUGGUAAACUCUUGGUGCUGAAAUAGUUUAGUACAAGGUUUUUUGGGCCA